UGUUUUUUGCCACUCUUCACGGGUGGAUCACGCGAAAUCUAUUGGAAAUGUCCAUCGAAAUCCACAGUGCAUUUGAGGUGUUUCCAGGAAACAAUUUGUAACGGCCAUCAGUGUGAAUGUGUAAUGUCAAUCCAGCAGAGAAACUUCACGAGACUCGUUUCUUAUUCCCAAUAAUACUGUAUUUUACCGAUUUUACCAUUAUCACAGGGUUUCCUUGUGCCGUUUCCCAGGUCACUCCUCACGAGCUGCAGUCCAGAAGAUGUCUGACGAUACCAUCAAGAAGUAUCAAUUGCAGGUGCAGGAGUAUAAGGACACGCUGAUCAAGAAGGCGGAGCACUUGAUCAUCACCGGAUUCCCUGAGAAGAUUGUCAAGCUCAAUCAGAUUCUGGCAACUCCUGCCUUCGCUGAACGUGACUUUUCCGAUGUUUACCAGGAGCUCAACAUUCCAGUGCCCGACGCCGUGCCAGUGAAUAGCUACGGUGAUGCUGGAGAUCCGCCGCCGAAGAAGGCUCGAAUGGAGACCACGGUUUCCGGGACGAAGGUUAUGGCGCUUCCCUCGGGAAUUGUGACUUGCAACGCGCCUAUUUGUGAUCUUAUCAAAGUCGUGAAGCCUGUUAUCCGAGCUCUCGUCGAGGACUCCAAUGUGCUGAAGAUGUGGAUUUCCUUCCUGAUUCCCAAGAUUGAGGACGGCAACAACUUUGGCGUGUCAAUCCAGGAGGACACCUUGUCGGAGAUUCAGUCCGUCGAGUCCGAGUCUGCGGCGUUCUUCGAGCAAAUCUCCCGCUACUUCAUUUCGCGCGCAAAAGUCAUCUCGAAAGUGGCCAAAUAUCCACACGUUGAGGAUUACAGACGGGCCGUCCAGGAGCUGGACGAGAAGGAGUACUUGAGUCUCUGGCUGGUGAUGUGCGAAGUGAGGAAUCGCUACUGCUCGCUCCAUGAUAUCGUGACGAAGAACCUGGAGAAGCUCAAAAAGCCACGAUCCUCGAAUGCCGAGAGUCUCUACUAGCUUCUCCGUCUUUUCUGGCUCCCUGGAAGUCUGGACAAGAGGCACUGCGCUUAUCAUUUAGUCGUCCAUCAUCAGCAGUAUCAAUUUUUAUAAUUCUGCCACUCGCAAAGUCUUCAAUCAUUCAUCCAUAUUUGUUCCAGAACAAUGUUCUCAGCCUCCCAGAUUGCUAAUAAAAGAAAUUUGAAACAUA